CUUUCUUACAUUACCUACAAGAACCGCGUUCGGAAUAAUAUUGUGUUUCUCGCGGGGUGCUUCCAUUUCAGCUAGAUAACUAUAAGGCAAGCAAAGAUGCCAACAACAGUGAACUGUAACCCCCAAGAAUGUUAACAUUUGUAUGAAUGGAGUUUUGCAUACUUUUUAAAUGUCUGAGUGAUGGCUGACCGCGUGCUUGUGAUUGGCAGCGGAGGCAGGGAACAUGCUCUGGCUUGGAAAUUGGCACAGUCUCCACAUGUGAAACAGGUACUGGUUGCUCCAGGAAAUGCCGGUACAGCUAAUGAUGGGAAAAUCUCUAAUUCAGCUAUCUCAAUCAGUGAUUACACUGCUCUUGCCAAAUAUUGCAAAGACCAGAAGAUUGGACUUGUGGUGGUUGGUCCAGAAGUCCCUCUUGCUGCUGGAAUUGUUGAUGACUUGACAGCUGCUGGCGUGAGAUGUUUUGGUCCUACGGCAAAGGCAGCUCAAGUAGAGUCCAGUAAGAGCUUUUCCAAAGCCUUUCUAGACCGUCAUGGCAUCCCAACUGCAAGAUGGAAAGCUUUCACUAAUGCAGAAGAGGCUUGUGCCUUUAUUACUAGUGCACCUUUCCCUGCCCUAGUAGUAAAGGCAAGUGGUCUGGCUGCUGGAAAAGGUGUAGUUGUGGCCACUAGCAAAGAAGAUGCAUGCAAAGCUGUACGUGAAAUAAUGCAAGAUAAAACCUUUGGAACAGCUGGUGAAACUGUUGUUGUUGAGGAGCUUCUUGAAGGAGAAGAGGUUUCUUGCUUAUGCUUCACGGAUGGUGUCACUAUUGCCCCAAUGCCACCUGCCCAGGAUCACAAACGGUUACUGGACGGAGAUCAGGGCCCAAACACAGGAGGCAUGGGGGCAUAUUCCCCAGCACCUCAGCUAUCCAAGGAUUUGCUUCUGAAAAUAAGAAAUUCUAUUCUCCAGAAAACAAUUGAUGGUAUAAGAAAAGAGGGCAUUCCUUAUAUCGGUGUGCUGUAUGCUGGAAUAAUGCUAACCAAAGAUGGACCUAAAGUCUUAGAAUUCAACUGUAGAUUUGGUGACCCUGAAUGUCAGGUAAUUCUCCCUCUACUUAAGAGUGACCUUUAUGAAGUUAUUCAAGCAACCAUGGAUAGAAAGUUGUCUUGCCACAUGCCUGUUUGGUUAGAAGACUGUGCAGCUGUGACUGUAGUCAUGGCUAGUGAAGGCUAUCCAGGAAGCUAUGCUAAGGGUUUGGAAAUAACAGGAUUUCCUCAGGCUAAACAGCUAGGUUUGCAGGUGUUCCAUGCAGGCACAGCCAUGAAGGAUGGCAAAGUGGUGACCAAUGGUGGCAGAGUCCUUACUGUGACAGCUAUCAAGAAGGACCUCAUCACUGCACUGGAAGAAGCCAACAGAGGAGUUGGGAUCAUUCGGUUCAAAGGGGCCAUUUAUAGAAAGGACAUUGGUUAUCGGGCUAUAGCCUUCCUUAAAGAAUCCAGAGGCCUGACUUAUAAAGACAGUGGGGUAGAUAUUGCAGCUGGUAACACCUUGGUUCAGCAAAUUAAACCUUUGGCAGCAGACACAUCUAGGCCAGGCUGUAAUGCUGAGCUUGGAGGGUUUGCUGGCCUCUUUGACUUGAAAGCAGCUGGAUAUAGAGAUCCAAUUUUGGUAUCUGGAACUGAUGGUGUUGGAACAAAGCUCAAGAUUGCACAGCUAUGCAACAAGCACAACACAAUAGGUCAAGACUUGGUCGCCAUGUGUGUCAAUGAUAUCCUAGCUCAGGGAGCUGAGCCCCUCUUUUUCCUUGACUAUUUUGCCUGUGGAAAACUCGACAUUGGGAUGGCUCAGGCAAUCAUAGCUGGAAUAGCUGAAGCUUGUAAACUGGCAGGAUGUGCACUCCUUGGAGGAGAAACUGCUGAAAUGCCUGGCAUGUAUCCACCGGGAGAGUAUGACCUAGCGGGUUUUGCCGUUGGUGCUGUGGAGCGGGGCCAGAUGCUUCCCAUGUUAGACAGGGUUGUGGAUGGAGAUGCGAUUAUUGGAAUAGCGUCCUCUGGCAUUCACAGCAAUGGAUUUAGCCUUGUGAGAAAGAUUGUGGAAAAGUCCUCUUUAGAUUUUUCCUCACCUUCGGUGGGUGGUUCCAGUAACCAGACGUUAGGAGAACAAUUGCUUACACCCACUAAAAUCUAUAGCAAGAGUCUAUUGCCAGUUCUUCGUUCAGGUUACGUGAAGGCAUGUGCCCAUAUCACUGGAGGAGGGCUGCUCGAAAACAUUCCUCGUGUACUCCCAGAAUCAUUUGGUGUUGUUUUAGAUGCCUUAAGCUGGAAGAUACCCAACAUCUUUUCUUGGCUUCAGAAAGAGGGAAAUCUAUCAGAAGAGGAAAUGGCUCGAACAUUUAACUGUGGGAUUGGUUCAGUCCUGGUUGUGCAGAAGGAGCUGGCUGGGCAGAUUCUGAAGGAUGUCCAGAGGCAUGAAGAUGCGUGGUUGAUUGGAAAAGUUAUCCGCCGUCAAGCAGGGUCUGCCCAUGUGGAAGUCAGUAACUUACUUCAAGCUUUACAAACGAAUAAGUUACAGACCUUGCACAGCCAACAAAGCAAAAUCAAACCAAGCAAGGCAAGGGUCGCUGUCCUCAUCUCUGGAACAGGUACAAAUUUGGAAGCAUUAAUAACCAGCACAAAGAAGCUAACUAGUUAUGCACAAAUAGUACUUGUCAUUUCUAACAAAGCUGGUGUAGAAGGGCUAAAAAAAGCUGAAAGAGCUGGCAUUCCUACAAAAGUCAUUGACCACAAGCUGUACAGUAGUCGUACGGAGUUUGACAGUGCAGUUGAUAAAGUCCUUGAAGAAUUCUCUGUUGAACUGGUCUGUCUUGCGGGAUUUAUGCGGAUCUUAUCUGGUUCUUUUGUCAGAAAGUGGAACGGGAAAAUAUUGAAUAUUCACCCUUCUUUGCUGCCUUCAUUUAAGGGAGCAAAUGCCCAUAAACUGGUACUGGAGGCUGGAGUCAGAGUCACUGGCUGCACCGUGCACUUUGUUGCUGAAGAAGUUGAUGCUGGAGCAAUAAUUUUUCAAGAAUCCAUUCCAGUAAAGAUUGGAGACACAGAAAAGACCUUAUCCGAAAGAGUGAAAGAGGCAGAGCAUAGAGCCUUCCCUGCUGCUGUGCAGCUGGUGGCCAGUGGAGCAGUGUGGCUAGAUGGAGAUGGGAAGUUAUGCUGGGAUUUGGAAAGACACAACUGAAUGUAGAGGGCAAGAAAACAGCAAUAACUGCAAUGCAUAUUUCUGUUUAAUUCUGUAGCAUAGGGCAGCAGGGUUUUAAAGACUUGAUCAAGCCAAGAUGAGAAAGCCAAACAGCCAAAUUAUAGGAGAAUGAAUUUGCUAUCUCAAAUAUUCAAAUAAAUCACCACACUCUGGCUUCUUACAAUGGAAUUGUAAGUGCAAGCCUUUUGUGUGAUUAACGUAAGUUCACACACACAGCAUCAUAAAAGGUGUACUGAAUUGCCCCAAACCUCUGUGCACUACCAUUUCACUCAAAUAGCUUACCAUGUAGUAUAUACAGUACAUGUUGUGAUUAUGUUCGAAGGGGUCAGCUACAUGGGAGAGUCCAUGUUUAAAUUAGGCCUUAUACUUGGUGCCUUCACAAACAGGCUGAGUGUUCUGCCAGGCAAAGUAUCUCAAUAAAACUAUCCAUGAUGCAGCACCUUGGACAGCUCCUUUAAAAGUUCAGACUAAAAUCCAGAGCAGAUUCCACUGCCCCACUGAAACUGUAUCUGUAGAUACAAUAAUAAGCAUUUUAACAGCACCCUCAAAGCGCUGUUUCUUUAUGAAUAUCAAGGUAAUUUGGAAUCACGUCCAUUUUCUUGGUCAUAGUGCUUAGGAAAUAUUUCCUUGUACUUGGUCAUCCCUAUGUAAUACUUCAAAGAAACACAUGGUAUUAACAUUGAAUACCCGGGCUAUAUUGAGCAAAUCACAUAUAAUCACCCCCUACCCCAUGCACCUAUUUUUCUAAAUAUAUUAUACAGUGAAACAUUUUAAUAUUAUAGUAAAACUUAACUCAUUACAUAGUGGAAGCAGGUGAUAACAUUUUCUUCAGUAUGUUUUUAUCAUGGCUAACAAGCACAAUUAGGAUGAAUCACAAUUAACCAAACUCCUGGCUGAAGGUAAAAGAAAGGAGGGACCUACAUAUUACAUGUCCCUUAGGGCAAAAAAUCAUGAUGGUCUAUUAAAGGGAAGAAAUCUAUAUUUCCAUUGUAAUUUACCAAAAUAAUCAGUGUUCAAAUGCUAAGCUUCCACAGGAAUUGGACUACAGCCACAGUACCAUUACAUUCCACUUAUCUCUGUUUUGUAUUCAAAUGUUCUGUGAUCUCAAAUCCCAUUCUAAUAAAACUUUUAACUGAUUUAAGAAAUUA